GCCGCCGCAGUAAUGGUUAUACUGGGCAAAUUUUUGCGGCCCCAGUAUAUUCAUAACGGCCGCAAAAGCCGCAAAAAUAAAUUACGCCGCAAACUCAAAUAGAACUCUGCCGUAAUUGCUCAAAAAAGUGUAAUUGUCGAGAACCUUGUGAAAUGUGACUCUGUAGUGAAUGAUGCGAAAGUUUGUGAAACGCUUGAUAAUAGAACAGAGAGAAGCCAGAUGUUGAGACACCAACUUCUUCCUUACUACUUCUUACCUCCCUUUUUCUGCAAUUUUAAAAUGAAUCCCUUGUUGACAAAAGACCAUAUUGAAACCGCUUUUAAACUCUACCGACUUUUUGUCAAAGAGAAUAGAACAACAGAAGAAGAGACGGAAAUAUUUAAUAAUGAUGAAUUCAUUGAUUUCGUUUCCGAAUGCAAUUACGAAGCGGCAGUAAUGAAGGAAAGAAUUGAAGCUGCAAAAGCUUCAUUCGACCAAGCUCCAAUGACAACUGAUGCAACCGCUGACGUGGCGACUGCUAUUGAGCAGAUGGAACUCGAGUCUGCCUCCAGCAACGUAGUAGAUGCUGCAGCUGACGAAGCAGUUGCGUCCGCUGUGGCCGAAGCCGACGAGGAAAUGGAGGCUGAUCUGGCAGCUCUUGAAAAAGAGUUGCUUGACCGCAUGAAGGCAGGUCAAGCCCAAAUUGCCGCCAAGUAUGGAAAGCGCGUCGAGGAGCUCCUGCCGGUGAGAUUGCCAUUGCUUCGCAAGCACGCCGGCAAACGAAACACCUGGCAGCAUUUCCUGUCCCUUCAUUACGAUGCAGAAGAUAGGGGAAUGCUGAAGGACGAUAAUCGUCACGCUGGAUAUAUCGUUCAGCAAAAGUCUGACGAAUACAAAGCUUUGAUGAACGAUCCGGAACUGAAGGCGGACCUGAUCCGAGCAACAACCGAGCACAACGAAAGCAUUGGCGCCACUGAACAAAAGACCGUUCAGUCGGCAAAGUUGAAGCUGAAGUUGCUCAUCGACUGCAUGGGCCGCAACCUUGUCCAGCUGAAACGAGAAUGUGGUGUUGAAACCUUGUGUCUUUUCUCGCCGGACAAGCUCACGAGCAAGGUGGUUCCCGUUGAUGCAGUUGGAUCAGACGCAGGAAUCGCCUUCUUAGAGAAGGUAGAAGCAGACCAGGUCGAAGACGUUUCCUUCAGAUUGAAGGAAAUAUUCAAAAGUGAAUGCUAUGACUUCAACAGGAAGGCCGCUACUGAGACCGUCCCAAUUGAUCCUGAAACCAACAAUGCCACCGAAAUCCCUCCAUCUCCAUCAUCAUCCUCUCCGACAACUAUUGCAGCCGACAAUCGUUCCUCUUCUUCCCGUGGAGUCAAGCGACCCCGACUCUGCAGCUCAUUUUCGAGUGCUUCCAAGCAGCAGGUCGAAAGUACAAUUGUCAACAAAAUCAUCAAUUCGUACAGUAAGUAACUAAAAAGGCUUGAUAUCAAAUGGUUCAGCCACUCAGUUGCGAUGUAUGCCUUACUAGAUGAGACUCUGCUUGGUAAAGUUGAAGGCUUCAAAAAGAUCACGAAUUUUCCGUGGAAAAAGUUUGAAGAUGGAAAUGGUGUCAUCAAUCGAAAAAAGUACAGCAUUUCGUUAGUUGGCUGGCCUGAUGACGUCCCUUUAGCAACACCCAGCCACUGGAAAGAGGACGCUGCUGAAUACAGGCGUAGAGUGACGGCUGUGUUGGACGGAAUCACUUUCCUCUACACGCCAGUAUCACAGCAGCAGCAACAACAACACCAACAAGAACAGAGUCAGCAGCAGCAACAGCAACAGCAACAGCAACAGCAACAACAACAACA